UUUGAGAUCCUACUCUGUGUACAGGACCAUGACGACCCAGCCAUUGACGUUUGUAAAAAGCUUCUAGGAAAAUAUCCCAACGUUGAUGCUCGGUUAUUUAUAGGAGGAAAGAAGGUCGGCAUCAACCCCAAGAUAAAUAACCUGAUGCCGGGUUAUGAAGGGGCCAAGUAUGACCUCGUGUGGAUCUGCGACAGCGGAAUACGAGUGAAACCGGACACUCUGACCGAUAUGGCCAAUCAGAUGACUGAGAAGGUGGGGUUGGUUCAUGGCCUUCCCUACGUGGCCGACAGACAGGGCUUCGCUGCAACACUGGAGCAGGUGUACUUUGGCACGUCCCACCCACGCUCCUACAUCUCAGCCAACGUGAUGGGUAUUAAGUGUGUGACAGGGAUGUCAUGUUUGAUGAGGAAAGAUAUCUUGGACCAGGCUGGAGGGCUCAUAACCUUCGCUCAGUACAUCGCUGAGGACUACUUUAUGGCGAAGGCCAUCGCUGACAGGUACAGACAUUACAGACCCUGGUUAACCUGAGGUUAUCUGACCCUAACCCUUUAUCAUACAUGUUACAGCUAACCUGAGGUUCUGACCCUAA